UCCAAUUAAUUCGUCGGAGAAAAAAAAAAUCUUCCCCACUGCUGCUGUCAUCUAUGCAACCACUCCUCCACUUCACCCCCGCCGCAUCUCACUACCACCGUCACCGCCAGUUGAUCCGCACCUUUAUAAAUGCUAGAAUCAAAUGGGUCCGCGAUCCAUACCUUGACACUGCCAUCGAAAAGGAAAAAAAUCUUAAACCCUUACUCUUACUGAAAACCCUAAUCAUCUCACAGCCCUUCCAAACAAUACCCCUCUCCACUGUUUCCCCUCUGAAACCCCAUCUCCACCUCCCUACAACAGCCCAAAAAUUUAUCGAAAAGUACCCGUCCAUUUUUAAAAUGUUCCUCCCCCCUGGCAAAACCAUGCCCCUUCCUCAUGUUAAGCUCACCCCAAAAGCCCUCUCCCUUCAUCACGAGGAAACGUUGAUGCUUCGUUUAUCGCACUAUCGGAAAGAUGUAGCAGAAAGGCUGGCAAAACUUUUGAUGCUCGCUCGAGGUUUAAAGAUUCCAUUGGAUUUAAUUGAUCUGUUUAAGUAUGAUUUAGGUCUGCCUCAUGAUUAUUUAUUGACAUUAUUGCCAGAAUUUCCUGAGUAUUUUCAAAUUUCUGAUAUGGGUUUUCGGGAUUCAAGUGGUAAUGUAGUGCUUGUUUUGGAUUUGGUUUCUUGGAGGAAAGAAUUGGCUAUUUCUGCUAUGGAAAAGAGAGCACAGAGUGAGGGUGAAAGUAAAAGUCGAGUUAAGUUCUUGAUGAAUUUACCAAGAGGAUUUGAUUUGGAGAAGAGAGUGAUGGAAUGGGUGGAGGAUUGGCAGAAUUUGCCAUACAUUUCGCCUUAUGAGAACGCAUUUCACCUGGUUUCUAAUAGUGAUCAGGCAGAGAAGUGGGCAGUGGGGGUGAUUCAUGAGUUGCUGAGCUUGCUAUUGUCGAAAAAGACAGAGAGAGAAAAUAUUUUUCGUCUGGGGGAGUUUUUGGGAUUCACACGCCUUAGGUUUAAGAAGGCUUUGGUGCAUUUCCCUGGCAUUUUUUAUGUGUCAAAUAAGAUUAGGAUGCAGACUGUAUUUUUGAGGGAGAAAUAUAAGAAAAAUCUGUUAAUUGAGAGGCAUCCUUUAAUGGGCAUGAGGUACAAGUAUAUUAAUCUCAUGAACAGGGUGUUGAGAAGGGGUAAACCAAUUAGAUCUGGAUUUGUUGGACGUAAAAAGGGGAAUUCUCUUAGUAAAGGAGGGAGAAGGAAAGGAGACGACAAUAGAUAUAGUAUUGAUGAUGAGAAUGAUGAGUAGGAGAAUGAUGAAGUGACGGUGAUGGAAAAUCGUGGUGGUGUUAGUGGUGACUACGGCGAUUGUGGUGGAGAUUAUGACAAGCAAAACUACAGCAUGGGCUUAUGUUGGCACAUGACUAUGAUUUAUUUGUAGGAUGUUUUUGGAUAGAAUAGGCUGAGUUAUGAUGACAAAAAAAUGAAUUAUGGGGCCUGAGUUCAAUAAAAAGGUACAGAUAUCAAUAACUUGUUCAUACUAUAGGCUGAAUUUAAAGCACAUCUUCUAUAAGAAACGAGCUUCUGAAAUUUUUAAGCAGCUCACCAGGGCUUUACCUUGAUCAAAUGAUAGACUACGUAUGUGCAACCUUUUCCAUAUGACAUGCACGAUUUGUUUACUUGGUAAGUUCUUGGUUUAUACAUGAAAGGUUUUGAUUGACUUGGGAUCGCUAGAGUUGUAGGAUACAACAUUCCAUAAAAUUAGAGUACGGACUUUCCUGAUUCGAGUUGGCUUUUGAUUCCUGUCAUGACAUCUUAUAAAGAGCAUACAAGGGGAAAACAAGUAUGUAUCAUAUACCACUGGAAGCUGCAAACGGGAUAUAGUUGAUUAUGGAUGGCGAAGGCACAUGGAUGUUGAGGUUGAUGGUUGACCUCCUUCCCAUUCACAUUGUCCCAUUUCUCCAAAUAAGCCAACACCACUUUCUCUGCUACAUCAUACGAGUGGUAGGGAAAGGCUAUUCGAGAUUAUCGAUGAUCAUCCAACUGUAGUUGAAGUUGUGGCUAGAGCUCUUAAGCAGGCAAAGGACAUGGCUGCUGCUGUUCAGGAUAACCAUUGCAAGAACAAAUCGAGGCAGAGUAUGCCUGAAUCCAAGCUCAGGGGGCUUAAAAAGUCUGCAAUGACAGAAGAGUUAGAAAGAAUAGAAGAGGAAGACGAGGAGGAUGAAGAAGGAACAACACUAAGCGGAGCUUGUGGAGACAAUUAUGGUAUCAAUGAAUUCUGGAUUUGCUUUGACGUACGCAAGUGAUGGUUCCUCAGCAAGUGCUUGAAGAUUUCCUCUGCUAAAGCUGAACAUGUCGACCAGUAGAGGUACCCAACUUGCAUUCACGAGAGGGCUAAAGUUUAAUACACUGAUUCUGAAAUCGAAGUUCGAGGUCAGUCGCUUAAAAGGCUUAAUAUUUUUAGCUUAACGUGCUUUGUCUGAAUCCGGAAAAAGUCAUUAUACUUCAUAAAAAACAGUUACUCUACUACCCUUCAAAUCUUGGCAUGCACAUUAAGUAAAGGCCAUUCUGGCAUAUCCAGUACAAAAAACUGAAAAGAAAAACAUUCCCAAUAACCUUUAUAUAAACUGUCACAUUAUAUUGCAAAAACCCAGUGAUUGUUCUUCAACAUAGGGAUAUUCCGGCGCUGUAUAUGAUGGAACGUACCUACCUGCAGGCAGCGGAGUAGCAUCAUAGCAGUAGUUUUGGUUGUAGGAUGAAUCCGGCAAUGCCCUCCGGUGCCAAUUGGUGUCUUCUAUCGAACCAUAUUUAGAGUACCUAUAAGAAUUAUGGUCAUUAUAGUAACCUCUAUCGAUUCUUGGAUGGUCGAGUUUGGCCCAUACAAUCUCUGCAUGUUGUCCAGGUCUUGCUAAGGCACUCAAAAGUAGAUUCGGAUCCACCUCGCCCCAUAUUUUUGUUACCUCUUCUUUUGCGCUGAAGGUCACAGAAUACACACCUUGCAAAAUGGCGUAAAUAAACUAAUAAUUUUACGACCAAGUCGGAAAAAAAAUAAAUUCUAUAUUGAAUUCUCUUGCUACUAUUCAUUUAUGAAAAAUUCCUAUUGUGUUGAA